AUGGUAAUUUAUCACAACCUGAAAGCGGUGAACGAAACCGUGCGGCGCGCGGCACGCGGCAUGGAGGCAGGCGCGGCCGCAGAAGAAUUUAUCACUAUAGUACCGGUGGGCGAGGGUAAGCCUGCCUUAAAGGAAUCGGCUUUUGUAACGGUGCUCACGGUUGGUGCUGCAGCAGGUACUGCAGAAGUUGUAGUACAAAGACCGCGUGGUGCACGACUUGGUUUGGGAUUAAAGUUUGAAGGGGGUUCAGCUGCUGCCGAAAAAGUAAGAAGACUUCUUGUGCAGUCAUGCGCUGAAGAUAGUCCCGCUGCGAAUGCUUGUGCUCCUUGGGGUAAACUUGUACCUGGAGACGAAAUUUUAGCUAUUGACGGAGUAUCUGUUUCCGAUUUAACAAGGAUAGAUUGUGUUCGUCGGUUAAAAGAUUCUGAUGAGAUUCUCAAGCUUUUAGUACGUCAUUUUAACUCAAAUGAGAAGUUGGAUCAAAACAAAAUGAAUCUAGUGGAAGAUAUCUUAGCUUCGCAUCAGACAACUGAAAUAACCACAGAAAUCGCUUUACCGCCUCCUGUGCCACCUAGAAAACUAGGUAAGAAAAAUUCUUUUAAAGAAAAACACAUUCUUCAAACGGUUGGUGAACAAAAUGCAUUGGUUAACAUUGACAACCAUAAGCAAUCUUCUAUUGAAAAAGACAAUAAAGCUGUAAAACAGCAUAGCGUGGUUUCUACAGCAACUAAAUUAUCAAGGAAGUCUUCCUUUGAUAGUCAUAUACAUCGACAAAGUAAGGAAGGAAUUGCCUAUUUAAAGAAAGGGUCCCCCGACGAAGUGAGGCGUUUAGUUCGCAGAUUAUCAGAUGGUAAAGUAAUGCCACCAGAUGCAGAAGUUUAUAUUGACUUACUCUCAAACGAGUGGGAACGUUGCUUAGUUAUGGCUGAUGCUGAGUCAGAUGACACCGGUAGUUCUAUUUCGACUGUUGUAGAUCGAUUAGGAUCAAUGGCGAGUUCAGUGGAAAAUAGUAUACCUUCAACUCCAAUAAUGCAACCAAAAACUUUUGAUAUACAAAAGGUGUUAAACUGUAUCGAAAAUAUUGAUUCAAAUAUUUUGAAAGAUAUGACAAAUGGUGCAUUUUUAGAAAAAGGAAUGGAUUUAAAGAAAGAGCUUAAAAAAAUUGAAUACAAUUCUAACGGUGGUAGUAAUCACGAAAAUACUAUUCUGAAGCAGAAUACUCAGAGUGCGCCAAAAAAGGAAGAAACUGAAUUACAAUCAAAGAAGCAACAUCAGAUAAAUGAUUCAAAUAACAACAUUGCACAAAACAUUACUCGAAAACCAGAAAUUGAUGAGUUUAAUAUUAAUGAGAAAAAUGAUACGAAACAAGAGAAGGUGACAGAAAAACCCAAACCAAUGCCGAGAAAUACGAAAAUCGAGCGUUCUUCGUCUGAAAAGAAAAGGAAACCAAUUCCUAUUCCUGAAACAUUACUACCACCUGCACCUGAGCCGCUUCUGACUCCCACUAAAAAGACUUGUAUAGAGACCUGGCUGCAGCACUCCGAAGCAGAAAUGAAUAAUAAGAUGGAGGAUAAGUUUGAUGAUAAUGCGGCACCAGAAGUAUUACCAAGAUUGAUUGAUUUUGUUCCGAAAUCACAAUUUAAAGAGACUGUAAAUGAAACUCCUCUUUGUACGCGGCCUACAACUGCUCCACCACCACCUCCCGUUGAGACUCGGGAAGACGGUUCGGGAGCUUCACUUGAUACAAUCGGAGAAUUGGAUGAAUCUGGCGACGUGACGGAUAGUGCGAAAAGCGUAAACAAAAAUGAAAUGAAAACUAGAAAAUCAUCAUUCGAUAGAAGUUUUUGGGAAGAUCGUAUCCACAAAAGCGAUGCAGAAGAUAAAGUUCUUUCAAAUGAUGAAACACCUCUUCCUACUUGCCCAAGGCAGCCACCGGAUGGAGUUGAAACUCCUUCAGAUGCAAUAGAUAAAGCUCCUGAUUUACCGUCAAGACUACCGCCACGACUUCCACCUGGCUGGUCUACGACACGUCCCAGAUAUUCUUACUUAUCAAGAAUGCAAGAUGCUAGAAGUGAAGCAAGUGUUAAAGGAUAA